ACUGCUGGGUGGAAAUUUCCACCCGGACGCCAUGACUCUGUCUCUGUCCCUAACUGCGUAGGAAACCGUCACCAGACACGCGCCUACCUGUCGCCAUUUUGUGACGUCACAGAAGCGUCUGCGUUCUUUUGUUUUACCUUUGACCUUUCACCUUCUCGCACAAAACGUGAACGAACUUUUCAAAAUCGCGAGCAUGCCUGAGAGUGGAGCAGAGACGCGGCGGAGCGGAGGGAUGAGGAAAGUCACCGAGAAGAAGAGACACGUCGAGCAGGAGCAGGAAGAGGAGCUCUUUACCGGAGACGGGACUCAUCUGGAUGACAGCGAUGAGGGGAACGAGGAUCUCUCAGACAGUGAGGAGAGCGUCUUCUCUGGGCUUCAGGACUCCGGGAGCGAUGAGGAGGAGGAUGAUAAGGAGGCAGAAGAAAGUGACUCCGAGGAUGAAGAAGCAGAUAUUAAUGAAAAUGGAAAGAGCAGCGAGCCUUUCAGCAGACCUCAGAGUGAUAAUAAAUCACCCAAGAACAGAAAGUUGAAGCAAAAGGUUGCAGUUGAAAAGAAUGAAACAGAAGGAAAGAGUGUGACAUCGGACAGAGUCAAGUGGCUGGACGUCUCUGCUCAGGUGGACGAGUACGACCAGGACACAUCAGAUGAAGAGGACAUCCGCAACACGGUGGGCAACAUUCCAAUGGAAUGGUACAAAGAUUAUCCUCACAUCGGCUAUGACCUGGAUGGCAAGAAGAUCUUUAAGCCAAUCAGAAACAAGGACGAGCUUGACGAAUUCCUAGACAAGAUGGAGAACCCUGAUUACUGGCGCACCGUGCAGGACAAGAUGACGGGCGCCGAUGUCCGUCUGUCGGAUGAGCAGGUGGAUCUGGUACACCGUCUACAGCAAGGCAAAUUCGGUGAUGUAAAUUUCAACGAGUAUGAGCCUGCAAUUGACUUCUUUUCCAGCGAAGUGAUGAUCCACCCGGUGACCAACAGACCCGAGGACAAGCGCAGCUUCAUUCCUUCUCUCAUCGAGAAAGAGAAAGUCAGUAAAUUGGUUCAUGCCAUAAAGAUGGGCUGGAUUAAACCACGCAGGCCCAAAGACGCUGCACCGCAAUACUACGACCUGUGGGCUCAAGAGGACCCCAAUGCCAUCCUGGGGCGCCACAACAUGCACAUCCCUGCCCCUAAGAUGAGACUGCCAGGUCACGAGGAGUCGUACAACCCUCCUCCAGAAUACCUGCUCACAGAGGAAGAGAGACUGGUGUGGGAGCAGCAGGACCCAGAGGACCGCAAGCUCAACUUUCUUCCACAGAAGCAUGCCUGUCUCCGCGUCGUUCCCGCGUUCUCGCGCUUCAUUCACGAGCGCUUCGAGCGCUGCCUCGACCUGUACCUCUGUCCUCGGCAGCGCAAGAUGAGGGUGAACGUGAACCCCGAGGACCUGAUUCCCAAGCUGCCCAAACCCAAAGAUCUGCAGCCCUUCCCCACCACACAGUCCCUGGUGUACCGCGGUCACUCCAGUCUAGUGCGCUGCAUCAGCGUGUCUCCCAGUGGACAGUGGCUGGUCUCAGGCUCGGACGACUGCACAGUGCGCUUCUGGGAGGUGAGUACGGCGCGCUGCCUGAAGACACUGGAGAUGGGCGGGGCCAUGAAGAGCGUGCAGUGGAGUCCUAACCCUUCUGUGUGUCUGGUCGCCAUCAGUUAUGGUGAGACAGUAGUGCUGAUAAACCCAGGCCUUGAAGAUAAGCUGAUCUGCAACGCCACUGAUCAACUCAUCUCAUCCUACGAGGAGCCAGAGGAGGCCAAGGAGCAGGCGGUGCAGUGGGUCGUCGCUGAGGGCAAAGGUCACGAGCAGGGUCAACGCCUCAUUCUCAAUCACCCCAAGGCUGUGAGACAGGUGACUUGGCACAGUAAAGGGGACUACCUGGCGUGCGUCAUGCCCGAUGACGGCAGCAGUCUGCAGGUGCUGAUCCACCAGGUGAGCAAACGCCGCACGCAGAACCCCUUCCGUAAGAACAAGGGCAUGGUGCAGUGCGUGUCCUUCCAUCCCAUCCGGCCAUACUUCUUCGUGGCCACGCAGCGCUACGUGCGGAUCUACAACCUGAUUAAACAGGAGCUCACCAAGAAACUGAUGGCCAACUGCAAGUGGAUCUCCAGCAUGGCCGUGCACCCGGGAGGAGACAACGUGAUCUGUGGCAGCUACGACUGUCGUCUGGCCUGGUUUGACCUGGAUCUGUCUACAAAGCCGUACAGAGUGCUCCGGCACCAUAAGAAGGCUCUGAGGGGCGUGGCCUACCACAAGCACUACCCUCUGUUUGCCUCGGGGUCUGAUGACGGCAGCGUCGUCGUCUCUCACGGGAUGGUGUACAAUGACCUGCUGCAGAAUCCCCUCAUCGUCCCGGUGAAAGUUCUGAAGGGUCACACCAUCAUGCAUGACUUAGGGGUGCUGGAUGUGACGUUCCAUCCUACCCAACCCUGGGUCUUCUCCUCAGGGGCUGAUGGGACAGUCCGUCUGUUUACCUAGACGUCACAUCUGUCUCACUUCAUUAAUCCAAGGAGUGAAUGUGAUUUUUAAAUCGUCCUCUGUACAAGUUUUAGUUAGUUUUUUUUUUAUUUCCAGAAAAUUUAUUUUCAGUACACUCUUCUUUUACCCCCCUUCUUUUACCCCCCCCAUUAAAAACACGAGAAAAUAUCAAGUCAGUUUCAGAGAGGCCGGAGCUUUUGCAUGAAGCUGAACCGUGUCUGAGAUCUACAGUCUGCUCCUGAUGCCGAGAGUGACCUGGAAGCUAUUUCCCACCCUGGACCGAGCAGCUCUCUCACCCUGAAUCAGGACUGAACCGCUAAUCCUUGGAAAAGAUGUCAACUUGUGAAAAAAAAUCUAAAUAAUUAUUAGCCAUGCCAAAAAAAAAACAGCAAAGAACAAAGUCGAAGCUGUGAGCUCGAGCAGGCCUAUCGUACUGAAGCUCACUUUCCAAUCAGAAAGCUUGUUUUACAUCCUGGUCUCGAGACGCUGUUGCAGGUAUUCGCCAGCGUUCGUGAUCAGGCAUGCUACACAGUCAUUAAACAUGCUGAAUUGUGAAACUUUGACUGAGUGAAUUUUUGAGAAUUGUUAUUUUUAAUUAAACCUAGUGUUCCUUGAA